AGUCCGUCUCUCUCGUUUUCUCUUUCAGUUUCGGAUCCUUCUUUUCUUUUAAAUAUCUUCGCGAGUUCGUGUUUGGAGUAAUCUACGAGAUGUCGAAAGCCGGAGCAUUGGAUCUCGCGUCGGGUCUCGGCGGAAAGAUCGACAAAAGCGAUGUCCUCUCCGCCGUCGAAAAGUAUGAGAAGUAUCAUGUCUGUUACGGAGGUGAAGAGGAAGAGAGAAAAGCUAACUACACCGACAUGGUCAAUAAAUAUUAUGACCUCGUUACCAGUUUCUAUGAAUUUGGCUGGGGAGAAUCCUUCCAUUUUGCACACAGAUGGAAGGGAGAGUCUCUUCGGGAGAGCAUUAAGCGGCAUGAGCACUUCCUUGCUUUACAACUAGGACUGAAACCAGGACAGAAGGUGUUAGAUGUGGGCUGUGGAAUUGGGGGUCCACUAAGAGAGAUUGCUCGAUUCAGCUCAACUUCUGUUACGGGGUUGAACAACAAUGAAUAUCAGAUAUCAAGAGGAAAGGAACUGAACCGGAUUGUGGGAGUGGACAAGUCCUGUGAUUUUGUUAAGGCUGAUUUCAUGAAAAUGCCGUUUUCUGACAAUACAUUUGAUGCAGUAUAUGCAAUUGAAGCCACUUGCCAUGCACCAGAUGCAUACGGAUGCUAUAAGGAGAUAUACAGAGUUUUGAAGCCAGGCCAAUAUUUUGCUGCAUACGAGUGGUGCAUGACUAAUUCAUUCGAUCCCAACAACCAAGAACAUCAAAAGAUCAAGGCAGAAAUUGAGAUUGGUGAUGGCCUCCCAGACAUCAGGUUGACGGGAAAAUGCCUUGAAGCUCUAAAACAAGCAGGUUUUGAGGUCAUAUGGGAGAAAGAUCUUGCGGCGGACUCGCCAGUCCCUUGGUACUUGCCUUUGGACAAAAGUCACUUCUCGCUGAGUAGUUUCCGUUUAACAGCUGUUGGGCGUUUUAUUACCAAGAACAUGGUGAAGGCCCUGGAAGCUAUUGGCCUAGCCCCAAAGGGAAGUCAGAGAGUUCAAGAUUUUCUUGAGAAAGCUGCAGAAGGGCUAGUUGAAGGUGGAAAGAAAGAGAUCUUCACACCAAUGUAUUUCUUCUUGGCCCGGAAGCCACAUUCAGAUAGUCAGUGAAGUGUUAAUGCUAGAGCAAUCGAAUCUCUCUAGGGAUAUUGAUGUUUUGGAAAAGUGUGUUAGAAUUGUGCUUUUGAAAAUCCUAGAAUGACUCAUCAGUGAGUGGUGUAUCUAUAUGUGAGUUGCGCAUCUGUAUUUGAGUUUGGAACAAAACAUUAGUUAUCUGCUUGACCAACACUGUUAACCUUCUCCACCAGAUGAAUGCUGAGUGUGAAAGUAUGAAAAUUUUUCCCUGCCUCUAAUACAACUUUUGCACGUUUUUUUUCUUUUUUCUUU